CUACAUGACCGCAUGACCGAGCAGCGCUACCCGGAGCCCAUCAGUAGCUUUGACAUAGCCGUCCGCCCUGAGCCGGUGUUCCACGUCGAUAUUCUAGGAGAAGGGAGAGCUGCCCUGGUGAAGGCCAACAACCAGUUGGGGCUGGCUUUUGAUUCCUGGGAUCUGGACUUCUACACAAGCCUUUUCCAGAAACUUGGCAGGAAUCCCACCAGCGUGGAGUGUUUUGACCUUGCCCAGUCAAACAGCGAACACAGCCGGCAUUGGUUCUUCAAAGGACGCCUCGUGGUGGACGGGGAGGAAGUCAAAGAGUCCCUCUUCGAGUCCAUCAUGAAGACCCAGGAGCACAGCAACCCCAACAACGUCAUCAAGUUCUGUGAUAACAGCAGUGCAAUCCAGGGCAGGGAGGUUCUUUCGCUGUGGCCCAGAGACCCGUCUCACGCCAGCCCCUUUGAGAAGCGGACCUCCACUCGGCAUGUCAUUUUCACGGCUGAGACCCACAACUUCCCCACCGGCGUGGCUCCCUUCAGUGGGGCAACCACUGGAACAGGCGGGCGAAUCCGGGACGUGCAGUGCGCAGGUCGUGGGGCGCAUGUGAUCGCUGGCACGGCUGGGUACAGCUUUGGCAAUCUCAACAUUCCAGGAUACUCAUUACCUUGGGAGGAUGCAUCCCUGCCAUACCCAGGAAACUUCGCUCGGCCUGUAGAGGUGGCCGUUGGAGCCAGUGACGGUGCUUCAGAUUACGGAAACAAAUUUGGGGAACCUGUGCUGGCAGGCUUUGCACGCUCAUUUGGGCAGCGUCUGGCGGAUGGUGAGCGGUACGAGUGGAUCAAGCCCAUCAUGUUCAGUGGGGGUAUCGGGGCCAUGGAGGAUGCGCACGUGCUCAAGGAAACCCCACAGCCUGGUAUGGAUGUCGUGAAGGUUGGAGGUCCCGUCUAUCGAAUUGGAGUGGGGGGAGGAGCUGCAUCUUCCAUCCAGGUGCAGGGCGAUAAUGCCAGCGAGCUGGAUUUCGGGGCCGUGCAGCGUGGGGACGCAGAGAUGGAGCAGAAGAUGAACCGGGUACUGCGAGGUUGUGUGGAGAGCGGCGAGGACAACCCCAUCUGCAGCUUGCAUGACCAGGGCGCCGGAGGCAAUGGCAAUGUGCUGAAGGAGCUGAGCGAGCCAGCCGGGGCCACUAUCUACGCUAGCCGCUUCCAGCUCGGAGACCCCACGUUGAGCGUCUUGGAGAUCUGGGGGGCCGAGUACCAAGAGUCCAAUGCUCUCCUGCACCGGCCCCGGGAUGCAACUUUCUUGCGCCGAUUGGCUCGCCGCGAGAGGUGCCCUGUUGACUUCGUAGGUCGGAUUACUGGCGACGGACGGAUCGUGCUGGUUGACGACACGAAGACACCGGCAAGCGAUGACGAGCUGAAGGAAGGGAAGACGGGAGGAAGGCCUACCCCUGUCGACCUGAAGCUGGAAUGGGUUCUGGGGAAGAUGCCCCGCAAGGAAUUCAUUUUGAAGCGAGUGAAGCGAGCCCUCUGGCCUCUGGACCUGCCCCGGGACCUUAGCGUGGUGGACGCCCUCCAGCGAGUCCUGCGGCUGCCUUCCGUGGCUAGUAAACGUUACCUGACCAAUAAGGUCGAUCGGUCCGUGACAGGCCUGGUGGCUCAGCAACAGUGCGUGGGACCCCUGCACACCCCUCUGGCAGAUGUUGCGGUGGUGGCCCUGUCGCCCUUCGAGACCGUGGGAGGAGCCACAGCCCUGGGGGAGCAGCCUCUCAAGGGGCUCAUUGACCCAGCUGCCGGUGCUCGAUUGGCUGUGGCGGAAGCUCUCACCAAUCUGGUCUUUGCUCGGGUGACCGACCUGAAGGAUGUGAAGUGCAGCGGGAACUGGAUGUGGGCAGCCAAGCUCCCGGGUGAGGGGGCGACUUUGGCUGAGGCCUGCAGAGCGAUGUGCACCGUGAUGGGGGAGCUGGGCGUGGCUGUGGACGGAGGCAAGGACUCGCUCAGCAUGGCAGCCCGGGUUGGCACGGAAACGGUCAAGGCGCCUGGGACCCUGGUUAUCUCAGCUUAUGCCGUCUGCCCAGAUAUCAGAUCCACUGUCACCCCCGAUCUUAAAUGUCCAGAAGGCAAGGGGACCCUUCUUCAUGUGGCAAUCAACCCGGAUCGGCAUCGCCUAGGGGGCAGCGCGCUGGCCCAGUGCUUCUCUCAGCUGGGGGACGUUUCCCCAGACCUGGAUAGCCCCAGUACUCUUGUUUCUUGCUUCCGAGUCACCCAAGAGCUGCUGGAAGAUGGAUUGAUCUCCGCUGGGCACGACGUCAGCGACGGGGGACUCCUGACUUGUCUGCUGGAGAUGGCUUUUGCAGGGAAUUGUGGAGCCCGUGUAGAGUUGGGUGCCCCCGGAGUCAACGCCCUGGAGGCGCUGUUUGCAGAGGAACCCGGCCUGGUGCUAGAGGUGCCCCCCAUAGCGGCAGCCGAUGUCUGCCGACGCUACCAGGAAGCUGGUGUGCGGUGCGUGCCAGUCGGGCAUUCAGGUUCUCGGGGGCCCAAUGCCAUGGUCCGGGUCACUGUGAACAGCCAGGAAGUGGUAGCUGAGAAAGUGGGGACGUUACGGGGCUGGUGGGAAGCCACCAGCUUCCAGCUUGAGCGGCUGCAGGCCAACCCUGACUGCGUGGCCCAAGAAGAGGCAGGGCUGGCCAAGCGCACUGAACCAACCUUCAUCAUGACCUUUAACCCCCACGAGGAGCUUCCCCUGCUGCAGGAAAUAGCCAUGCCUGCCCCCCGGGUUGCUGUACUUCGGGAGGAAGGAAGCAACGGGGACCGUGAAAUGGUGGCUGCUUUCCUCAUGGCCGGGUUUCAGGUCUGGGACCUCAACAUGGAAGACCUGUGCUCAGGCGAGAUGUCGCUGGACUCCUUCCGAGGCCUGGUGUUCGUCGGAGGGUUCAGCUAUGCCGAUGUGUUGGGCUCGGCCAAAGGCUGGGCUGCUUCCGUGACCUUCAACCCCCGUGCGCAGGCUCAGUUCCAGGCCUUCCACCAUCGCAAAGAUACCUUCAGCCUGGGCGUGUGCAACGGCUGCCAGCUGAUGGCCUUGCUUGGUUGGGUGGGGACCGAGAACCCAGAUGCCGAAGUCGAAGUGGGUGGCUCAAUCAAACCGGGGGUGCUGCUGAGCCCCAACAAUUCUGGUCGCUUUGAGUCGCGUUUUGUGGCGUUGAACAUUGAGGAAAGUCCGGCGCUGAUGCUGCGGGGCAUGGCUGGUUCCACCCUGGGCAUCUGGGUGGCACAUGGAGAAGGUCGGAUGCGGUUCCGCUCAGCUGAAAUCCUGGAUCGCGUACGAUCUGCCCGUCUCGCCCCGCUACGCUACGUGGACGACCAGGGGCUGCCGACUGAGGAGUACCCCCUGAAUCCUAAUGGAUCCCCAUUAGGCAUUGCAGGCAUUUGUUCCCCCGACGGGCGCCAUUUGGCCAUGAUGCCUCACCCUGAGCGCUGCGCGCAGAUGCCUGAGCCAGCCAAGUCCGCGCCUGCGGCCAAGAAGGGCUCCAAGAAAGCCGUGACCAAGACGCAGAAGAAGGGGGACAAGAAGCGCAAGAAGAGCCGCAAGGAGAGCUACUCCAUCUACGUGUACAAGGUGCUGAAGCAGGUCCACCCGGACACCGGCAUCUCCUCCAAGGCCAUGAGCAUCAUGAACUCCUUCGUCAACGACAUCUUCGAGCGCAUCGCCGGCGAGGCCUCCCGCCUGGCCCACUACAACAAGCGCUCCACCAUCACCUCCCGCGAGAUCCAGACCGCCGUGCGCCUCCUGCUGCCGGGCGAGCUGGCCAAGCACGCCGUCUCCGAGGGCACCAAGGCCGUCACCAAGUACACCAGCUCCAAAUAA